GCUUCACAUAUGUUCUCCACGGCUAGGACAUGGGAAUCCUUAUUUCCUACUGGUCCUAAAGUCGCUUGGUUUGCAUCCGUUUGGUUUAAGGGUAGAAUUCCGAAACAUGCUUUCAUCGCUUGGAUAAACUCUAGGAACAGAAUUCAUACAAGGGAUAGACUCAUCCGGUGGGGACUUAAUGUCCCUUCAGCGUGUCUUCUUUGUAAUGCUCAUGACGAAACUAGGCAGCAUCUCUUCUUUGACUAUGGCUAUUCUGCUGAGAUCUGGCUCUAUUUCACGCUCAAAGCACAAGUAUCCCCUCCAUUAUUGUUUGAUGAUAGGACUAUUUGGCUCAAGAAUCCAAGCCGUGAUAGGAACAUUUGUUUGAUUCUACGACUCGCCUAUCAAGCUUCGAUGUACCUCGUCUGGAAAGAAAGAAAUUCUCGCCUGCACAACAACAUGUCUCAUCCUACUUCACUGUUGAUCACUCAGAUUAAACAAAUCCUCCGAUGCCAUCUUGACCCUCUCUCUCGUGCUCAACGACAUAUCGAUCCUGACCAAUCCUUCUUGGUGACAUGGUUUCGUCUAUUUGACUAAUGUUUCUCUAAUGUGAGCUUUUGUUGUAUUAUAUUUCCUUCCUUAGGUGUAUCUCUUUUGAAGACACCAUUGUUGUAACAAGAUGUAACAGGUUUCAC